UUUGAUGAUAUUGUAGAUUUACCAUACGGUACUGUAAUGGAUUUUUGCGGUGUGUCAUUCAUUCGUGGUUCUUGAUAUGACGAAGUUAUAUUGAAGGGGUGUUACAACGCAGCUCUGUGCAAUAGUUAUUUUGCAAUUUAUGUUUCUUGGAAAUAGAAUGAAAUAUUUCAAUGAUUAUACUACAAAAUACAAAGAUUUUGUUCUUUUAAAUGAUAUACAGGUCAAACAAAAUCCAGAAAAUUCUUUACUAAUUAUUUUUCUUUUCUUUUUAUCUAUUAGAAGAUGCUGGUCUUUUUCUCUACUUCUAUGGUCCUAUCGCUCUCCUGGCUUUUUGCAACAUGGUGCUUUUAAUCCUUACACUGAAGAACAGUAAGAUAAUCCUCCGAAAUUCUGAAGGGGUUACGAACGAAAUCCAGUCCAUGGGACGAUCAACCAGGGAUACGUCCGAUCACGUCCAAGAAUUUUACCAGAAAUUGAAGCUUUUUGUCCUGUCGGUCUUUAGCAUAACGGUCUUAGACUGGGCUGCGAGUAUUCUAUCGGAGAAAUUCCCUCCAUCAGAACUCUGGGCACCCAUUGAAAUCCUGAGCGCUCUUCAAGGUCUCUUCGUAUUCAUAAUUCUGCUGACAAGCCAAAGCAAACGUAGGCUGAUAGAGGAAAGGUUUCUCUCACCGUUCCGAUUUGCAAGAAGAUGCUUAGGUACAAUCUGCAAGGCUAAAAGAGAACCAGCAGUUGAGGACCAGACUGCCACACCCUCUGUUGCCGAAUCCUCAACGUCAGACUCAACAUCAAACAGGACUGCAUCUUCUGUUCUUGAAUUGUCACCCGUUUCCUCUGGAAGAAGUACAUCUGAAUGCUACGAAGCAUCCGAACGAGUUUAACACUUUUAGACUUGUUUUGCUUCUUAAAUUGUCAAUUUUACGUGCAGUUACCAGUUCAAAAUGUAGCCACUGCAGCCUCUUCAGAGUUCAGUGUGUUCAAGACUAUAGGCUACAAGUAUAAUUCCAGGCAUUUUCCAAUUGCUAAUUCUUGGUGUUUUAACAAAAGGAUAAAGAUCUGCAUAUACUUAUUGCUUCCCUUUACAAAUACUGCGGUAUGAUGCUAUCAAGCUAUGUACUUCGUGAGCACAAUAAUAUUUGCUUACUCCAUAUUGCUUUAACAAGAACUUUAAAAGUGCGAGAAUGGUUUUGAUUACAGAUAUGAGCAAAUUUUUUGGUGAAUUUUCAGUCAUCACACAUGUAGUAUAUAUUUACCUAUAUAUAUUGAUAUUCCAAUACACCCUAUUGUUUCUUCAAUGUAAAUACGAGGAUGACAAUUUUGUACGUGAAAAUAUUGAAACAAUUGUUGCUGUUUGUUUGGUAUUUCCUCAAAGCAUCCAGAUAUUCGUAAGAUAAAUUAAGAUUUGUACCUCCCCUGACAGUCCCCAAAGGCCAAACAAGCUUUGACCAACAAAUAUUUAACUCCUUCCUGAUGUAUUCACACAAUGAAGGUGAAAGAGUCAUGAUAAAAAUCAGAUAAAAAACUUAUGUUACGAAUUUUAUAUGUAUAUAUCUAUGUAUGUAUAUCCAUAUAGCUAUAGACACAUUACGUGUUUGCUGACUGUAUGUAACUUUUUAAUCUCCUUAGGAACAUAGUAUACGAAAACUUGACUUUCAAACCAGAAUAUACGUAACAAAUUCACCAUGAGUGUCUCAUUAGCAGAAGCUUUCAGUUUAAUGUAGAAGCAACCUACGAGUGAAGUGUCGCAUCAGACUACGUUAUGUAUCACAUAAGUAUGCAAGGUUACUCAUUAGUUCCAAUAAAAAA